GAAUAGAAGCAUCAUUGGAAAUAGUAAUUCACUAAAUCAUUUCUUUAUUCUCAUUUUCUAUGCAGAGAAUAUACCUUUCUUUAUUUUAUUCUUAUUAUAUCCAAGUCAUAUGAGGCGUGGAUCCAGAGUUGGACUUUUACUGGGGGCUGAUUAAUGCAAGCAAAGGUUGCCAACACUUACAGAGAGUGUGAAGCGUGCUUCCAAGGGGGGGAGGAUGCAGGGAGGGGGGAGUUUCCCCAUGUGCGGAGCACAAAGUUUUUGAUCUCUCCUCAAAUUAAAAUUAACAGAAGAUGUCUCUUGCGUCUCUAGAAGAAAAUUCAACCGACGCAAAUUUUUAAAUAGUGAUGAGAAAGAGAACAGGAGGAAGAUCUGAGGACAAAGAGAAAAGAGAGAGAGAGAAAAACAAUGCAACAUAAAUAUAGUGUUUAACACAAUAAAAUUACUCAAUAUGAUUAUCUUGUGUUUUGUAUCCUUUUUACACUGUUAUAUAUCCUCUUAAAUUUCUCGAUUGUUAUUGUCUAAAAAUUGACCAUCUGAAAUUCAUGGAAAACCAUAUCAAAGGACUUCAAUAUUUCCUUGCAUUAUUUUGAGUUUUCAACACAAAUAACCUUUGCUUACAUUGUACAUGUAGAAAACAAAUACAAUUUACAUGUAUACCUUAUGACCUACUUUCAAGAACUGAACUUGCCACAACACUUUACAUCUUUUAUCAUUAAAAGAACUGACCUUCUGUGUUAUUUGACACACAUUAUUUUUACUGUAUCAAUCAUUUUCUUGCUUUAAUACUCCAAUAUUCUGAUGGAAUUAAAUGUUCAGCUUUUGUAAGUUAUAAUCAUUUUGAAAUUGUUUCCAACAUUUAGCAAUUCCAUAAAAAUUGAACUUUUUGUUUCUCAAUAAAUUCAACAUACCAAUGCUUCUACAUGGAUUUUGCCUGAUGCUAAUUCACAAAUGGAGGGGGUAUCCACUCGUCAAUGAAGUGCCCCCCCCCCCCCGUUCUCAUCAUUUCAUCAAACAGGAUACAUGUAAUUUAUAUAUUUUCUUUUCUUAGCAGAAGUAUCCGAUUUGCAUAACAAUGCUUGCGUGAGGAGUGUCUGAAUUCCUAAACCAUUCGGAAUUCACUGACCGAGUUCGACACAGCGCAGUACGGACGUCUUAUUAUCUACGUGUUAAGUCUAUAGGCCUUGUCGUUUUACUCUACGAAUGGAUUCGAUGUUAUAUUUUUAAAAUAAUGUCGAAUCAAGAGGCAGGUUCCGAAAAUUCUGCUCAACAAUCUGGAGUUCUUUCGCCUUCUUUUGUAAGCAAUGCAAUAAAGGAGGCAUUUGGCUCGUUUAAAGAAUAUUUUGACUCUUCCAUUGCCCAGGUCAAGGAAGAGAAUGAGAAAAAGCUUUCUGCUGCUUCUACGGAGCUUCAACAACUUAAAAGGGCUUCUGAGUUGUCUUUCAGAUUUAAAGGUAAUAAAGUCCAAUACGAAUUCAAUUCGAACCUUCAGGAGAAGUUGGAGAAGGGAGUUGCCCUACUAGAGGAAGGCAAGCAAGUUACAGCCCUUGCUUUGCUGAAGGAAGGUAUCGCAGAUAUUACAAAAAGGAAGAAGCAUAUCAGAAUAGCCGAUAAGUCUGAAGCAGGUUAGUGGGAUAAAUAUAAGCCUUCUAAGCUGGGCCUAUUGCUCGUGUGAAUUUUAUGAACGGUUGUGCGUAUGUUUUCUUUCUUAAUUGAAGCUAUGCGUUUUUCGUUGGAAUUACUUCAUUACUUCAUUAUAAGACAUUAAUCAAGUUAAUAAUAAAGAUGUAGUAAUCACAUUCAUCUUUUAGGUUGGUCUGCAGUAGAUGAGUACUUGAGUGACGAACUAGCAAGCGACUCCGAAGAUGAAAAGAGAAUUAGGCAAGCUCAGGCUCGUGCAGCCAGAAAACGUAAGGCAUCCCGUUCAACGAACAAGGGUAAAUCAGCCAAGAAUGUUGGAAGUUCUCAAUGUCCUUCUACAUCUACUACUUCUGACAACUUUUUUCGUGGCUUUGGGUCAAGAAAUCGAUUUCCGCUUGGGAGUGGCACCAACCCAUCUACAAGCAGUUGGCGUGGGUAUGCAAGUGGCCCCAGACCCACCGAUUACUGUUUUGCCUGUGGUAAACAAGGGCAUUGGAGGAGAGGUUGCCCAGGUGGCAGGAACCAAGGUUCAUCCUUCAGAGAUGGCCAACAGAGUUAAGGGAUCCCUUGAUCAUAAUCAAACUGAACAAGCUUUAAUAACGAAUGAACCUCAACAGGGAGAUGUAACAGCCCAAUCAAACCGGAAUAUAUUGAAUACUCCUGGUCCGUCUACUGCGGGUCCUCAAUUAAUUCACACAGAAACAGAGUCUCGUUGGGGUUGCGGCGAAACCGUGACAUCUAGUAACGUCAGUGCUACUUCGACAGGAUAUUCCGGGUAUGAGGAAGAUUUUUAUUUGAGAAAUUAUUAUGAGUAUGAACAAGGAAAUUCAGAACCUUUGGUUAAAGGUAGAUUGAAGGCAUCCGUAAAAUUUUGGAAAUCAAUUGAUGCACCUCAAUUUGUUAUAGAUGUCAUUGAGCAAGGUUACAAGUUACCUUUUUUACAUACACCCCCUAAAACAACAAAGCUCAGGUAA